CCCAGCUGUACGGUCGACUUGGCUUGAGGUGCUCCAACUAGUGCAAAAUGUGUCGUCUCCUAAUCAGCUUUGUGGUGCUCUUAGGGGUCUGCGGGCUCGGUGCGGUGAGCGCCCGCGCAGGCUAUGGUCCUGGCGAGCAGGACUGGGGCUUUGUGGAUGUGCGCACGGGCGCCCACAUGUUCUACUGGCUAUACUACACCAGCGCCAAUGUAUCCAGCUAUACGGAACGUCCCUUGGCCAUUUGGCUGCAAGGUGGACCGGGUGCCUCGUCGACGGGCUAUGGCAACUUUGAGGAGCUGGGACCCUUGCAACUGGAUGGCAGCUACCGGGAGUGGACCUGGGUCAAGGACAUGAAUGUCAUAUUUAUUGACAAUCCCGUGGGCAGUGGCUUUAGCUAUGUGGAUGGCUCCUCCUAUUACACCACGACCAACAAGCAGAUCGCUUUGGAUCUGGUAGAGUUCAUGAAGGGCUUCUAUGCGCUGCAUCCGGAGUUUAAGAAAGUUCCUUUGCACAUCUUCUGUGAGAGCUACGGUGGCAAAAUGGCGCCCGAGUUUGCCCUGGAGCUGUACUACUCGAUACAGCGCGGCGAGAUCGAGAGCAACCUGCAGUCGGUGGCCUUGGGUGAUCCCUGGACAUCGCCCAUUGACUCAGUACUUGCGUGGGCGCCAUUCCUGCUGCAGCUGGGCAUUGUUGACCAGGACGGUCACGACAAGAUCGAAGCUUCGGCACUGAAGACCAAACAGAAUGUCGACAACGGGAAAUGGACACAGGCCACAUUGCAAUGGAGCUCCACGCAGUCGGUGGUGCUGCGCGAAUCAAAGGGCGUCGAUUUCUACAAUGUGGAGAAGCCCACACGCGGUGACCAGUACUUGAGGCAGCUGAGCAGCAUGAGCUCGGAAGAGCGCAUGUACCGCACCCUGGUGCACUUCGACAUUGAUGAGGAUCGCGAUCAACUGCUCGAGGAUCUGAUGCGAGGACCCGUAACAACUGCGCUCAACAUUACCACGGGCAUUAAGUGGGGCGCCCAGAGCAGCACGACCUUCAGCAAGCUGAUGGGCGACUUUAUGAAGCCAGCUGUACAUAUUGUUGAGGAGCUGCUCAACAAUUCUACGGUCAAAGUGGGCGUCUUUUCGGGUGGCCUGGACUUGAUAUGCGCCACACCCGGCGCCGUCAAUUGGAUUGCCAACAUGGAGUGGAACGACAAGAAUAGCUAUUUGCAGAAUCCACGCGUGGGCAUCAAUGUGGAUCGCGUGCUGGAGGGAUACGAGAAGACGGCCGGCAAUUUCAGCAUGUUCUGGGUGAACCGGGCCGGACAUAUGGUGCCUGCUGACAAUCCCGCAGCCAUGUCAUAUAUUCUGCAGCACUAUACAAACUUUGGCUAGGGGGAACAUUAGCCAAAAAUGUACCACAAAUAAAACAAA